AUGUCUAGGUUUGAUUUGGAUGUUGAAAGAGCUGUCAGAAAGGCAUGUUCCUACGAAGAAACAGCUCCCAAGCGUAAGCAUGUCCGUGGGUGUAUCGUGUAUACGUGGGAUCAUAAAUCAUCAAGAGCGAUUUUUAAUGCUUUCAAAAUGCAACCUUUAGGUCAGGAUGAAGUCUCAUUGUUCAAAGCUUUGAUAACAAUUCAUAAAGUUAUUCAGGAAGGUCAUCCGUCCGCUAUAAUUGAAGCCAUCAAGAAUAGAGAAUGGAUAGAAAGUCUUGGGCGGAUAUAUCAGGGAAGUGGUGACAAUGGUUACGGCCGUGUCAUCGAAGAAUAUGUGUUUUUCCUCUUACAAAAGUUAAACUUCCAUAGGACACACUCUGGGUUCAAUGGAACGUUCGAAUAUGAAGAGUACGUUUCUCUUGUCACCACCUCGAACCCAGAUGUUGGGUAUGAGACUAUUUUGGAUUUAAUGGAUCUUCAAGACACCUCUGAUAGAUUCUCACGUAUUCUAUUCGCUAGCAUAUCCAGUGGACGACGUAACGAAUGUAAGAUUUCUGCACUUGUUCCCUUGGUGAGCGAGUCGUAUGGAAUUUAUAAAUUUGUGAUGUCUAUGAUUCGGGCUAUGCAUAAGCAGACGGGGGAAGAUGGAGCUCUCGAACCAUUGUAUUCCAGAUUUUGUGAACAACACUCUCGUUUAUUUGAGUUCUAUGCUGAUUGCUCAGCAAUCAAAUAUCUAACAGGGCUAAUUCGUAUCCCUAAGCUGCCUACUGAGCCACCUUCACUAUCAGUAGAAAAUGAAACUCCAAAGAUUAGUAGGCCACCUACUCGCAAUUCAAACUUUGCCAGUGUUCAUGAGAGCAGGACAGGAAGCGAGAGUUCAAAACUGGAAGAAAGGAGUCAAAAUCAAAAUCAAAAUCCAAGCUACACUGGGCUUGGUUUAAAUGCCUACCAGAUGACGAAUGGCACGGGCAACGGCUUAGGAUUUUAUGGUGUAAAUCAUCCAUUUGAAGAAUCGGUCAACAGUCAACUGUUGCUUGAACGACAAAAGUUGGAGGAAUUGCGGAAGCAGGAGCAGAUGAUAGCUCAGCAGCAACAGGUGCGCGAGCAAGAAGCUCAACAAUAUGCUGUAGAGCAAGAAAGGCAACGGCAAAUGGCGUUUCAACAACAACAGCUAGAGGUGGAGAGACAGAAUCAAUUAGCGGUACAGCAACGAGAGCAAGCACUGUUUGAACAGCAACAAGCUCAGUAUGAUCAUUUAGCUCAGAACAACCAGUUUCAAAAUGAUCUUAACGUCAUGAGAGAACAACAUGAGAGAGAUCAAUUGAUGGUUCAGCAAUACGACAAUAGAGUGGCUCAAUUGGAGAAAGAACUUGAGAAUUUGAAUUUGAAUGUUAAUAAUCAAUUGAAAAAUCGUGAAGACCAAGUUAAAAGCCUUGAACAAUGGAGUGACAAGUACGACGGACUUGCUAAGCUUUAUUCACAGUUGAGACAAGAACAUCUAGCGGUUUUGAAGAAAUUGAAGAAGUCUCAGCAAGUUGAAAGUAGUGCUAAGGAAGCUAUGGCCAAAUUAGAUGAAAUUGAAGAUAGACAAAGCGAAAAAGCUGUAGAGGUUAAACGUCUAAUGAAGGAAGUUGAUAGGCUGAAAGCUGAACUGGUUGAAGAGCGUAGCAAGGGAACAAUAUAUGAAGAAAAAAGUAAGAUGGAAGUAGUAAGAAUGCUUCUGGGAGUAAAUGGUGAUGCGCUACUGGAGAAAAUACCAGCGACUGAAUGUGCCACUAAUCUAGCGAAUGCAUUUAACGAUCUGGUGGUUGAUGGUUUAAAUGGAAGCAUUAUGCCAGUAGCUGGAAGCAUUGCUCAGUUUAGUGUAGCUCUAGCAGGACGCCUAGAGGGACAAGAGUUUCUUUACACUUUGAAAGAAGUUAGUGGAAGCCCCGAAGAGAUAACAGACAAAGUAAUAGAUCUGAACAUUGGAUUGCAAACCAAGCUGUCGCCCAUUCAAAAAUUAAUCAACUUGCCUCAGAAUGACGCAGUCAAAGCCAUUAUCAACCUCAUAAAAGCUUCAACAGCAUGCCAAGCUGAAAUCGCCACCACUCAACACCCCGACCCAUACAAAAAGCAAAACAGAUGGAGACGGGGUCUAGUUUCUGCUGCGGAGGAAGUAGCAAAAGCGACAUCAUCAAUGGUUUCCGCCACCACGUACGAGACAUUCACCGUGGCUUCUAAUCAGGUAUUGGCUUCCACCGCUCAAUUGGUGGCUGCAUGCAGGGUAAAGAAUCCGCCAUCCCAACCACGCUUGGAGCAGUACAGUCGUAUUGUGUCGGCGGCGGUGAAAGCUAUGAGGCAAGAGCCUCCAGAGGAAACUAUCCCGACUUCAGAGCUAGACCUGCAGGCGCAUAUUGUGCAUUUGGAAAACGCUUUGGAACAAUCACGCAAAAAGCUGUCUACAAUUAGAUCUAGCGCCUACGCUUAUUCGUAA